AUGGAUUAAAAGCAAGAUUAUGCAAACACCAUUCUGACUGAAUUGGAGUCAGCGGAAACAUUAAACUCUAUGGAAGUAGCUAAAUCUUUGUCUAUUAACCAUUAAGAUCUCGUUGGUUGUCUUUUACAAUUAGAGUCUUCAAAUUAUAUAAAGACAGAGGUUCAAAAUUCUUAAUUAUAAAUAGGGAUUUAAAUAGGAUUAAUUGAUCUUAACUGAUGAAGGCAAUACCAUCUUAAAUUCUCAAUCAGGAGAAUAUGAAAUCUAUUAAAAAAUACCAGAAGCUGGAAUAUCAAUGGUUGAUUUAUAGAAGUUAUUUGGGAUUGAACAAAUGCCAAAAAUUAAAUAAGAAUAAGGAGAAAAGAAAGAAAAAUAAGCUGAAGAUCCUAAAAAAAAGCAAUUUGAUUUAGGUUUUGGAAACGCUAAGAAGAUGGGUUAUAUAAAAAUGGACAAAGGAGUUAUUACUAAAGUUGCCAAUGACUUACCUGAUAAAAUUAAAUUGGAAUUAUCAUCAUUCAACACUAUUAAAUUAGGCACAUAAUAGGCUAAAUUAUUGAUUGAAAGGAAACUUGCUAUGAUUUCUACUAUUAAAUAUUUUGAAAUCAAAAAAGGAAUUAAAUAUGCUCCAAAAUUCAGAGAAUAAUUUGCAGCUUUAACUACAGAGCAAUUAUUAAGUGGAGAGUGGAAAGAAUGUGAAUAUAAAAGCAUUAAUUUAUGUGCUGAAGGGGAGAAGAGUAAUUAGUCUAAGUUAUAUUUAUAGUUUCUAUGGGUAAUUUGCAUCCUCUUUUAAAAGUAAGGAAAUAGUUUUCGUAAAUAUUGAUUGGACUAGGAUUUGAAGAAAUGCCAACUAAUUAAUUUGUGGAAUCUUCUUUCUGGAAUUUCGAUGCUCUAUUUUAACCAUAAAAACAUCCGGCAAGAGAUGCUCAUGAUACUUUCUUUUGCAGUGAUCCAGAAUUGAGCGAAGAAGUUGAUAUAACUCUUAGAGAUAAGGUGAAAGCUAUGCACUAGACAGGAGGUGUUGGUAGUAUAGGCUAUCAAUAUGAAUGGUCGCAUGAAGAAGCCAGAAAAAAUAUAUUAAGAACACAUACAACAGCUGUCUCAUCAAAAAUGUUAUAUAGAAUUGCAUAACAAUAUAAGGAGAAAGGUUACUUCCCUAAGAAAUACUUUAGUAUUGAUAAAGUAUUUAGAAAUGAAACUUUAGAUGCUACACAUUUGGCUGAGUUCCACUAAAUAGAAGGUGUUGUAAUUGACAAGAAUGCUUCAUUAGGAUAACUAAUGGGUAUAAUUAGAGAAUUCUUUAGGUAAAUUGGAAUUAAUAAGUUGUGGUUUAAACCUACAUAUAAUCCAUAUACAGAACCAAGUAUGGAAAUUUAUGGUAAAAUAUAUAUAUUCAAAUAUUAUAGGGUAUCACCCUGUUUUGAAAAAAAAAGUAGAAAUAGGCAAUUCAGGUGUUUUUAGACCUGAAAUGUUGGCACCUCUUGGAAUUCCAGAGGAUGUGAAUGUGAUUGCAUGGGGAUUAGGAUUGGAAAGACCCACUAUGAUUUAUUACGAUAUAAGGGAUAUAAGAACUAUGGUAGGACCUGAAGUCAAAGUUGAAACAGUUAGAUCUAAUGCAUUUUGUGUCUUUGAAAGUAAAUGAUAUUUUGUUAUAUAAAUAUUCAAUAAUAG